AUGAAGCUUGCUUCGACCUGCACCGUCAUCGUUGGUUCUCUCCUUCUCUCCAGUUCAGCCAACGUUGUCCAAGCCCAGUGCUCCGACGUGCAUGUUGUCUUCGCCCGUGGAAGUGGCGAGAUGCCAGGACUUGGUAUCUGCGGCGAGCCGUUGGUCAGUGGGAUCACCUCGAACCUCGGCGGUAUGAGCGUUUCCUCAUAUGCGGUCAGCUACCUCGCUUCCAUGGAUCAAACUAGCGCUGGGCCUGGCGCCACCGACAUGACCAACCACGUCGUGUCUAUCGCGCAAGAGUGUCCGAACACGGUAUUCGUCCUUGGAGGGUACUCACAAGGCGCUAGUGUCACCGAUAUCUCGCUUGGCAUCAAGACCAUGCUUGGCACAGGUGAAUCCAUCCCAGAAACCCUGGCGCCGCGCAUCAAAGCUGUGGUAACGUUCGGCAAUCCGCUUAAGCUCAUGGGCCAGACCAUUGAAAGCUCCAGCUCGACUUACGGCUCUAAGGCCAUUGAGUUCUGCAACAUGGGAGACCCGGUUUGCGGCAAUGGUUUUAACACGAUGGCCCACAUGACCUAUCCGAUGGACAGCGUUCCCGGCGCGGCCGAGAAAGCUGCUGCCUUAGUGAAGGGCAGCGCGAGAAUGCUGCGCGCGUAA